UGGACUGUCAUUGGUAUUCCAUUGACAGGGCGUCUAGGGAAUGGCAUUGUCUGGGUGGAUUCAACCUUUUUUGCAUUGCUCCAUUUUCUCACUCGACAUCACAUUCCCAAACCCGAUGCAUCGUUCGAUCGCUUUGUUUGCUCUCUUUACCAUGCCUCUGGUGUCUGCUGUGGGGUGCGCCCAAGACCAAAAACAGCAAAUGCUCGAUGCCAUCACCAAGAGCCCGCAAUGGCCAGCGUGUCAGCAGGCCACGACACCGUUCGACUUCUUCCUGGCGCUGACACAGGAAGGCCCAACCCCCACGCCAAACGACUUGGCGAAAUUCAAGGCGGCCGCAGCCUGCACUACCGUGUACACUUCAUUCCAAGAUGCCAUCAAGCAAGCCAACUGCGACGAAGUGGCCGACCUCGUCGGCAUGUCUGUCGACCAGCUGGUGCCUCCCAACACCACGCAACCGAAGGCGACGCUGGCUCCAGUGGCUAGUGUGCCAGUGGCUAUGGCUGCAGCGACGCCAAAACCAACUACCAAGCCAUCUGUUCCAGGGACGACGGUGAAAGCCUCGGUGGAUACUGCCGAGACGUCGACGGCUGCCGCGUCAGCUUCGAUGGCCGUGGCUGCAAUGGUGGUGGCGGUGGUUGCGGCGAUGGUUUAAUAUCGGUCGAGACGUG